AAAUAUUAUAGCAUGGAUAUUAUAUUUUUUAAUAUCUGUAGGCAGAAAGCACAAAUAAAUUAAAUUAGAUGAUAACCACAAAUACAUGUCUUAUAAUAUUAUGUCUGCGAUCAUGACAUGACGUACUCUCUAAUUUUGUAUUAUAUAUUAUAUAUAAAUAUAAUUUAUAAUAUUUAUAAUUUUUUUUUAUCAAUAUUUUACUACGUUAUCAUUGCCGAUUGCCGUAUGAUGUUUGAUAGUGAUAGCGUAUUGAUUGUCGGCCGAAGCCCAAAGAAUGUUUUUUUCUAUUUUUCAGUAAAUACUAAACUGGUUGUUGCCUUACCCCUUAGGAUAAUAUUAUUGGAAAUUUGAAUAUUAUUAAUAUUAUGUUUAAAUUCUAUUACGAUUUUAUAAUGAAAUAGUGUUUGUAUGUUUUAUGGAUUAAAAAAAAUUCGAUCACACAGCAAUUGAUCAUUGAAAAUGAAGAUGGCUGAAUCAGUAAAGAAACUAUUAAAACGAAACAAACCAGGAACAAAAGCCAAUUUCUUCCGUAAGUGGCCUGACGAACCGUUUGAAGAGAUGGAAAGUACAUUAGCUGUCCAAGAGUUUAUUCAGCAACAAAUACGUAUAGAUCCGAGUAAUAUUGAUAUUAUAUUGACACCGCCAGAUUCUCAAGAAGAAGGAGUUUGGAAAUACGAACACUUAAGGCAGUUUUGUAUGGAAUUAAAUGGGCUAGCGGUUGAAUUGCAAACUGAAUGUUUACCCGAUACAUGUAGCCAAAUGACAUCAACUGAACAGUGGAUAUUUUUAUGUGCUGCGCAUAAAACUCCUAAGGAAUGUCCUGCUAUUGAUUACACCCGCCACACUUUAGAUGGAGCCGCUUGUUUAUUAAACAGCAACAAAUAUUUUCCUAGCAGAGUUAAUAUUAAAGAAUCAUCAGUGGCGAAAUUGGGAUCUGUUUGUCGGCGAGUGUAUAGGAUAUUUUCCCAUGCAUACUACCAUCAUCAAAACAUUUAUAAUAAAUUUGAGAAUGAAACAUACUUAUGCCAGAGGUUUACAAAAUUUGUGAUUAAAUACAGCUUAAUGGCGAAAGAAAACCUGAUUGUGCCUAUGCCUGAUGCAAUUAUGCAAGGUAUACGAACCGAAGAGGAUGGAACAACAUCAAUUAAAGAGCCAUAACUUAACCUUCCUUAGUACCGCGGUAAUCAGUUUUUUCAAAUGUUCUGCGAGGCACUGGCCUAUUAACAUGAUCUGAUACCUUGUCAGCUCCCUGGUAUCUAAAAUUAAAAUACUCUAAUUAAUUAAUUUUACGCAUACAGUAAAUUAUACAUUUAUACACUUAACUAGGAAACAUUAUAAAAUCUAUUUUUUUUAAAUUAAAUUUUUUUUUUGUAUUUUGUCAGUUGGACAAUUAACUAAUAACUAUUUAUUAUAUUAGAUUAUUGUAGGCUUACCCAGGUAAACUAGGAUGAAGGUGAUUUUUGGAUAAAAGAAUAUGGAUUGAAGGUAGUCUUCUUGUUGUAAUUGUUUGAGAUACUUUACCAUCAAUCAUCUCAUCCUUGAUCAUCCUUACACUGUAAGUAAAUAUAUUACUAUUUAUAAAACGUCUCCCAAAAUUAGUUACAUUUUAACUUUUUAACAAAAAAAUAUAAUUGUAAACUUAUAAUAAAAAUGUAAAUGUUAAGUAUACUAAACAGUUUGUAGUAUUCUAGUAUUUAUUUUGUAAUGGUGCCAUAAACCACAAUUUACAGUGAAAAUUCAAUUUAUAAUUAUAUUUAAAAACAAUCACAUUACAAUGGUUUUUUUAUUUGUAUACAUAGGAAACUAAACUAAUAAGUUAUAACAAUAAACAUGAUUACUUAUCUUGUA